UCACAACACACAACAUCAAGAUCUCUCUAUCCUACAACUCUAAGAAUAAACUUAAACUCACGAGUCAAGUCAGAGAGUUAAAACGUUUUCAAAGACACAUAAACAAAAAAAUGGGAGCGUGCGUUUCACGUGAAUCUUUGAGGAGUGAUUCAGCGAAGCUUAUAUUACUCGACGGUACUUUACAAGAGUUCUCAUCUCCGGUCAAAGUUUGGCAGAUUCUGCAGAAGAACCCUACGAGUUUCGUCUGUAACUCAGACGAAAUGGACUUCGACGACGCAGUUUCAGCUGUCGCCGGAAACGAGGAGCUCCGAUCAGGGCAGCUCUACUUUGUCUUACCUCUGACGUGGCUCAAUCAUCCGCUACGGGCGGAGGAAAUGGCGGCCUUGGCUGUUAAAGCUAGUUUGGCGUUGACCAAGAGCGGCGGCGUUGGUUGGGUUUCCAGUGACGACGAUGUAGCGAUAUCGGAAAAAACUUACCAAAAGAAAAACAUCGUCGGAGUUAAGACGAACGGUGGUGGUGGAAGAGGUUGUGGGAAAGGGAAGAGGCGAUUCACGGCUAAUUUGAGCACGAUCGCCGAGUAGGGUCAAUUUAGUCAUUUUGAGAAAAAAAUUCGACCGACGUAUAAAUUGUAAUUAGAAUG